AUCACCGAUCAAAGUUCCACCGACACCGUCCAGAAACCACGACCCACUCUGACUAACGCCGUCCACUGCAGCAGCGGGACAACUCUGAAACUGUCAUGGCUCCCAGUUUGGCUCAGGCGUACAGGAGGAGGUGGUGGAUUGCCAUCACUGCCAUCAUCGAGAACCUGCUCUUCUCUGCUGUUCUGCUGGGCUGGACCUCUCUCCUCAUCAUGCUGAAGAACGAAGGCUUCUAUUCACACGUUUGCAUCGAGAACGACUCUGUCGGUGCUAACACCACUUCCUUGGAGAACCACGAGUGGAGUAGCUGUUUGGAGCAGGAGAAGAUAUUGAACCUCGGCUUCACCAUCGGCUCUUUCUUGUUGAGCGCAGCCACGCUACCUCUGGGCAUCUUGAUGGACAAAUACGGGCCCCGCCCACUGAGGCUCGUUGGCAGUUCGUGUUUCGCGGCUUCCUGUGCGAUGAUAGCUGCCGCCGCGUACAACCCCGAAGUGUUGUCCUUCCUCAUCUUCAUCGCUGUCUCCUUCAAUGGCUUCGGGGGAAUCUGCCUGACCUUCACUUCACUCACAUUGCCAAACAUGUUUGGACAUGUUCGAGCAACAAUCCUCUCCCUGAUGAUCGGAUCGUACGCUUCUUCAGCCGUCACCUUCUCUGGUGUCAAGGUGAUCUAUGACCUGGGCGUGUCGUUCCGUGUCAUCAUGUGGGUUUGGUCUGGUAUGGCCAGCCUGGUCGUCAUUAACUGCUUCCUGAACUGGCCCAACGAGUCCUUCCCUGCACCCGAGGACCCCCGCUACACUAGUAAAUCAAUGAAAAUGAGCGGAGUUGAGAAAGAAGACAUGGCGUCUGGAGACAAGUACGUCGCUCAUGUGGACGGCAUGACAGCAGAUCCCGGGCAGCCAGGCUCACGAGGCCCAGCGCAGGGCUCGGUGACGUUCUGUCACUCUGUCUGUUCUCCAAUCUUCCUGUGGAGUCUCAUCACCAUGGCGAUGACCCAGCUGCGGCUGAUCUUCUACAUGGGUGCCAUGAACGAGAUGGUGGAGUUUUUGGUCACCCACGGCGACCCCCACCCCUCAGAGAUGCUGCAGAAGGAGGCGAGUGAACAAGUGAGUUUCUACUCGUCCGUCUUCGGUACCAUGCAGCUGCUUUGUCUGCUGACGUGUCCACUGAUCGGUUACAUGAUGGACUGGAGGAUGAAGGACUGUGAGGAGGAGAAUCCAGUCACACCAACCGUGAAGAGCCACUCAAAUCACCCGCAAAAAAGAGACAGAAAGAUCCAGAAACUGACCAACGCUAUGAGGUCCUUCACCUUCACCAACGUCCUGCUGGUCGCCUUUGGAAUCCUUUCCAUGAUCGACCACCUGCCGAUACAGAUGGUGUCGUUUGUUCUGCACACCAUAGUGAGAGGAUUCAUCCAUUCAUGCUGUGGAGGUCUCUACGCUGCCGUGUAUCCUGCCAACCACUUUGGGACACUAACCGGCAUGCAGUCCAUGAUCAGCGCCGCCUUUGCUCUGCUACAGCAGCCGCUGUUUAUGCUGAUGGUGGGACCACUGGAAAGAGAUCCUUACUGGAUCAAUCUGAGCCUCCUCAUCUUAUCCCUGGCUGGAUUCCUGUUGCCGGGCUAUCUGGUCUAUCACCGUAGAAACCUGAUCAGGGCGAAGGUGGCACGCAAUAAUCUGGCUGACCAAGAGAAUGUUCCCCUGAGCCAAUCAGAGAGCCAGUCCAACUGUAACGCAGCAAACGGAUAUGCGGCAAACGGGCAAGCAAUGUCAGAGAACUGAGGAUCCACUUAUACCACGUGGUCACACGUUUAGAAGAUCAUGACUAUAGAAUAGAGCUUUGACAUUGUGAGCGUAAUGUCAGAUUUCUCAUUGAGAAAAUAUCCUUUAAAGGUCCAGUGUGUGAGAAUUAGUGACAUCUAAUGGUGGGAGGGCAGAAGGCAACAAACGGAGGACCUUCAACAAGCAUGACAGGGAACUAUGGUGGCCUGUGCUUACCAGAAAGCAUGCAAACACUCAACAACAACACUCUUUUCCCGACUGCCAAGUAACCAUGCAACACUAUUAUUUAACGAUGCAAUUAUUUUGUGCUCGGUGUCUAUUCAACUUUACGGAAGCAGCGUGGAUAAAGUGGAAAAAUAUAGUGCACUAAGAAGUAAUAUGUAGUUAAAAAAAAUACCAAUAAUAUACAAUAGAGAACAAUACCAAUAAAAUACAAUAGAGAAUACACAGACCUUGUAAAAUACCCUUCCAAUCUUUUCAGUGUUUUCUCCUUUUUCAGUGGUUAAUAGUUUGUGAAAAUGAGCAAGAUGGCGGCCUCUAUAAGCAAAAUGGCCAAAAUCGCCCAAAAAUGGCUGUUCGACCCAAAAUGGCAGCCUUCCUGUAGGACACGAAUAAUGACAAUAACUCCUUCACUUUCAACAUCACCAUCACCGUGCAUCAGUACAUCAGCAGUAAAACAUGGAUGAAUACAACAGAUUAAAAACAGAGAAGAAAGAAUAAAUAAAUAAAAAUAAUGUGGAGUAGGAUCAUGAGGAACAGGUGAGCUGGGUUUGGUGGUUGAUGCGAUGAUGAAAUGCGAUUUUUCUAUUACUGUGUUCACACCUAACUCUGGGACAACUGCCCUUUUUUCUGCAACAUUAACCGCCAGUUGACACAAAUUCUCCGGCAAAGUUGAAAACAUACAAACCUACUCACAAUAUGUUCCAUUUCUGCCGAUAAACCUUCCUAAAUGUUACACGCUGGACCUUUAACUUUAGAUUCUGUCAUUUAAAAUGACACGUAGAGAUGCCUCAGUGGUUGCAACGGAGCCUCGCUUUAGAAUCUCAGCUCUGUUCCCCUCCUGUUUUGCAAAGCUCUAAAUUUUCCUAUAAGACGUGUGCAAUAUAUGUGUGGGUGUAAUGGACUGGUGAACUGCACUCUGGGUAAUUUACCCUUAACCCUAGCAAGAAGAAACA